GGUUAUUACCCUCCGUCCGAAAAUACCUCAGCUCCUGAAGGCGGUUGGUUAGUAUAUUCAAUUGAAGAUUAGCUUCAAUCGGCGGCAAUGGCGACUCUGCACCCAACCAAUUGCCAGACAACUAACCUUCUCCAUCGAUUAGGUGGAAGAAUGAGACCCAAACCAGACAAGGUUGGAAGAAAUAUAGCUAGAAAGACUCCCUAUGCCCUACAAAACCCACCCGAUCCCCUGUUCUCACCUCCGGCUAUCUCUUCCAUUCUCUCACACUCCACUCCAUUAUUGUCUCCCUUUUCCUAUGGAGGCCAGCUCCGGCCUGGUCGCAGGUUCUCACAACCGCAACGAGCUUGUCCUCAUCCGAGGCCAUGAAGAGCCGAAGACAUUGAGGGCGUUGAAUGGCCAAGUCUGCGAGAUUUGUGGGGAUGAAGUAGGACUGACAGUCGAUGGAGAUCUGUUUGUGGCCUGUAAUGAAUGCGGAUUUCCUGUGUGUCGGCCAUGCUAUGAGUAUGAACGGAGAGAGGGUAGCCAGCUCUGCCCUCAGUGCAAAACUAGGUACAAGCGUAUCAAGGGGAGCCCAAGAGUGGAGGGUGAUGAUGACGAAGAAGAUAUUGAUGACUUGGAGCAUGAAUUCAAUAUCGAAGAUGAGCAGAACAAGAAACAAAAUCAACAUAUGUCACCACCUCCUGCAACUAAGCUCACUGCAGAAGCCAUGCUUUAUGGAAAGAUGAGCUAUGGCAGAGGCCCUGAAGAUGGGGAAAAUGAUGCCCCCCAAUUCCCUCCUAUCAUCACUGGCACCCGUUCAAGAACAGUCAGUGGUGAAUUCCCCAUAUCCAAUGGCCACAGUCAUGGAGAUUUUUCAUCAUCACUUCACAAGCGAGUGCAUCCAUAUCCUGUCUCAGAACCUGGGAGCGAGAGGUGGGAUGAAAAGAAAGAAGGAGGGUGGAGAGACAGAAUGGAUGAGUGGAAAUCCAAGCAAGGGCUUCUCGGAGGAGACCCUGAAGACAUUGAUCCUGACAUGGCAAUGAUAGAUGAGGCAAGACAGCCAUUAUCAAGGAAGGUUCCAAUAGCUUCAAGCAAGAUCAAUCCUUAUAGAAUGGUGAUAGUGCUUCGUCUGGUGGUUCUUGGCUUCUUUCUUCAUUACCGAAUUCUUCAUCCAGUUCAAGAUGCCUUUGGGCUUUGGCUCACCUCAGUCAUCUGUGAGAUCUGGUUUGCCAUCUCAUGGAUUCUUGAUCAGUUCCCUAAAUGGUUUCCAAUUGAUCGAGAGACUUAUCUAGACCGCCUCUCCCUAAGAUAUGAGAUGGAAGGGGAGCCCUCAAUGCUAUCUCCAGUUGACAUAUUUGUCAGUACUGUCGACCCACUUAAAGAACCUCCUUUGGUCACAGCUAACACUGUGCUUUCAAUCCUAGCGGUGGACUAUCCAGUGGAUAAGGUGUCAUGCUAUGUUUCAGAUGAUGGUGCUUCAAUGCUCACUUUUGAAGCACUCUCAGAAGCUGCAGAAUUUGCUCGGAAGUGGGUUCCCUUCUGUAAGAAAUUCAACAUUGAACCUCGGGCUCCUGAAAUGUAUUUCUACCUCAAAGUUGAUUACCUCAAGGACAAGGUGCAACCAACUUUUGUGAAGGAAAGGAGAGCCAUGAAGAGGGAAUACGAAGAGUUUAAGAUUAGGAUAAAUGCAUUGGUGGCAAAAGCCACUAAGGUACCAGCAGAAGGAUGGAUUAUGAAGGAUGGAACUCCAUGGCCUGGAAAUAACACCCGAGAUCACCCUGGCAUGAUGCAGGUUUUUCUAGGCCACAAUGGCGGCCAUGACAUUGAUGGCAAUGAGCUACCACGUCUUGUGUAUGUCUCCAGAGAAAAAAGACCUGGUUUCCAGCAUCAUAAGAAGGCUGGUGCCAUGAAUGCUCUGAUUCGUGUGUCGGCAGUGCUCACAAAUGCGCCAUUCAUGCUCAACUUAGAUUGUGAUCAUUACAUCAACAACAGCAAGGCUAUAAGAGAGUCCAUGUGUUUCUUAAUGGAUCCUCAGGUUGGGAGGAAAGUGUGUUAUGUUCAAUUCCCGCAAAGAUUUGAUGGCAUUGAUAGGAAUGAUCGAUAUGCAAAUAGGAAUACUGUUUUCUUUGAUAUAAAUAUGAAAGGUUUAGAUGGAAUCCAAGGUCCAGUUUAUGUGGGAACUGGUUGUGUCUUUCGCCGUCAAGCUCUCUACGGUUACAGUCCACCUAAAGGGCCCAAAAGGCCAAAAAUGGUGAGCUGUGACUGUUGUCCUUGCUUUGGCAAGCGGAAGAAGCCAAGGUUUGAUAAGAAUGAUAGUGAGCUUCCAGUAGAUGGGGGAGUUGAUGAAGACAAGCAGAUGCUCAUGUCUCAGAUGAACUUUGAUAAGAGAUUUGGGCAAUCUGCAGCCUUUGUGACAUCCACAUUAAUGGAACAAGGUGGAGUUCCUCCCUCAUCAAGCCCAGCAGCUUUGCUCAAAGAGGCCAUUCACGUCAUUAGCUGUGGCUAUGAAGACAAGACAGAAUGGGGAACAGAGCUGGGAUGGAUCUACGGCUCAAUCACAGAGGAUAUCUUAACAGGCUUCAAGAUGCAUUGCCGUGGAUGGAGGUCUGUAUACUGCAUGCCAGAAAGGCCAGCAUUCAAAGGGUCUGCUCCUAUAAAUCUCUCUGAUAGGCUUAACCAGGUUCUACGUUGGGCUCUUGGUUCAGUUGAAAUAUUCUUCAGCAGACACAGCCCGGUUUGGUAUGGCUACAAGAAUGGCCAUCUCAAAUGGCUUGAACGCUUUUCAUAUAUAAACACCACGAUUUACCCUUUUACCUCACUCCCUCUCCUUGCCUACUGUACCCUGCCUGCUGUCUGCCUCCUCACUGGAAAAUUCAUCAUGCCAUCAAUUAGCACAUUUGCAAGCCUCUUCUUCAUUGCACUCUUCAUCUCCAUUUUCGCCACAGGGAUAUUGGAAUUGCGGUGGAGUGGAGUGAGCAUUGAAGAGUGGUGGAGAAAUGAGCAGUUCUGGGUCAUUGGCGGCGUUUCCGCACACCUCUUCGCUGUCGUUCAAGGCUUGCUCAAAAUCCUUGCAGGAAUUGACACAAACUUCACCGUUACUUCAAAGGCUUCCGACGAUGAAGAGUUUGGUGAACUCUACACUUUCAAAUGGACCACUUUGCUCAUUCCCCCAACCACCAUUCUGAUCAUAAACAUUGUUGGAGUUGUGGCUGGGAUAUCAGAUGCCAUAAACAAUGGAUAUCAGUCAUGGGGACCUCUAUUUGGGAAGCUGUUCUUUUCAUUUUGGGUGAUUGUUCAUCUCUAUCCAUUCCUCAAGGGGCUUAUGGGGAGGCAGAAUCGAACUCCGACGAUUGUCGUUAUCUGGUCGAUUCUCUUGGCUUCAAUCUUCUCGUUGCUGUGGGUGAGGAUAGAUCCAUUUGUGGUUAGAGCCGUAGGACCAAAUGUCAAGCAGUGUGGAAUCAAUUGCUGA